GCCCGCCGGCGCAGCGUGGCGAAGGAGCUGAUGAUUGCCCUGGGCUUUGGGGGUGGUUUCGCAAACUGGACGAGCAAGGUGGCUGCUUGGCUCUACGGCUUCGAGACGGCGGCGCGCCUCUACCACGUGGCCGUUUUUGAGCUGCUGCCACAGUUGCAGAUGGAGAAGAUGGCCGCGGCAGCGGGCAGGGCCUUCAACGACCACCAGCACGACGGCAUCGGGGCCCUCCGCUCCGCGAGCGAGGCCGUGAAGCGAGCCGUGGAUGUCGAGGUGGUCGUGCACGAGCUGGAGGCAGCGCGUCAUACUUGGAGGGCGAGGGCAAACACCGUGGACUUUGCGAAGCUGGCGGCGGCGCAGCUGGUCCCGGACCACCUACGAGGGAGCUUCUGGCUGGUGCGAAACCGGGACGACUUGGGCCAGACCGUGGAAGACCUGAUGCGCAAGAUGUGUUGCCCGGUCUUCGAGACAGCCGAUGAGAACUACGUGCCGCCGCCGCCCCUCAACGAUAAUGCCUUCUUCACCGGUCUGUCCUCGUCCGUUCUGGGGCGUCUGGCAGGCCCGCAGAUGGCGGACCUCGACGGCGACGAGACACGGCACAAAAUCCUCUUUUGCGACGGCAUGCUCUACGAUUUCAAGGAGCGUGUCCUCCGAUCACCGAUCCCCGCCGACCGCAUGGGCUUCCACGCGGCGGCGACCUCAGAGAUGUGGCAGCCGAGCAAGGCGACCAAGCUCUUCGAGCACAUCCUGGCUUUCUUGAAGGAGCAUGUGGAGACGGGGGUGUGUCUGCUCGAGGCCAGCGAGAAUGGCAAACAGGUCAUCGAGUGCUUCGAGGAAUUGGAGCAGGACGGGUGCGAGAUCCUCCGCCACAUGAAGGUGUACGGGGACUGGGACUCCGUCCUUUACGAGCUGCGUCUCAUGACCAGGGCCAUCUCCGCGACGCCGCGGUUCUGCGAGAUGUACUACAUCUGGGGAAGCCAGGAGUCCGGGAAGGACACCAAGGUGAAGAUGUUGCACGCCUUCCUCGGUCACGGCAAGGACAACUACGGGGUGCAGCUUCCGGGAAAUUAUGUGGUGCAACAGACUUGCUACCUGACCGCGAAGGACGGACCCGCGCCUUACCAUGCAAGGACUCUAGGCAAGCGGCUGGCCUGGGCCAGUGAAGUCCCCGAGCACUACUCGUUGGCGGAUGACUUCAUCAAGCCCUUUUGUGACAUGGAAGGUGCGCCAGUCUGCAGCAGGAAGCUCAACAAGGGUCCGCGGGACUUCAUGCCUACGGCUUUGCUGGUGGCAACAAGCAAUCACCCUCCCCGUGUGACUCGACCGGAUGGGAUGCUGCGGCGGCUUCGAGUCUGCCAGACAACGGUCAGCUUCACCUUGAAGCCGUCCAUGGCCACCGAGGAGCGAGCCGUGGAUGGCCUCAAGACCCGGAUAAACCGAGGAGAGUUCAACAAGUACAUCUUCUUCCUUGCGGCAAAUCUCGUGGACUCGUUGGAGAUGGAGUACAACCCAGGCACCGAGAUCAAGCCGCAGCCACCGGAGAUGAAGAUGAGCGCCAUGGACCUGGUCCCAUGUGCAGACAAGGACGAGGAGGCCAAACCCGAGGCCUUCAUGACAGAGAUGUGUGAGCUGGUGCCCUUGAAGGAAGCAAGCCUCCACACGGAGCUGACGAUGGCGCUGAAGACCUACCUCAGCCUGGACACCUUGGGCGCGGCAAAGAGCGUGAUCUCGAAGUUGGGGAUCAAAGGACAAUCCUAUGGCCCGCGGUACAUCUCCACCCUCAAGCAAAAUGAGCGCAUGGUGGGUGUGAAGCUCCGAUCGGCAUCGACAAGUAGCUCUUAG